GGUGGAGCGACACUCGCCCGCUCAGUUGGCGCGAGCAGUGUGCGCAGUCCAGUCUGUAGAUGCGUGGCUUUAAAAAAGGGAGUUGAGUUGCGACUGGGUUCAACGCGAGACUAGUGACUGAACACUGACCUCACUCAGGAGGAUUGCUCCGCAUUGCGGUGAGGCUAUGCCGGCUCUGAUAACUAAAAACUCCGAUAUGGAGUUCGACUCCCUGCAGCCUUGCUUUUAUCCCGACGAAGACGACUUCUACUUCUGCGGCCCACCUAGUGAGGACAUCUGGAAGAAAUUUGAACUCUUGCCUACGCCUCCUCUUUCCCCGAGCCGCGCUGCGCUUCCCGGGGCGACCGGAGACAUCGGCUCGGCGACUGGGGUCGACUGCACGCUGCCUCCGGGGCUUGGAUUAACGGAUCCGCUGGACUGGGCUUCCGAGCUUUUCUUGCUUCCGGAAGAUGACAUUUGGGGAGCGCCGGAGGGCGACCUUUUCGGCUCGGCUAUGGAUACUAACGAAAACUCUAUAAUUAUUCAGGACUGCAUGUGGAGCGGCUUCUCCGCCCGGGAGAAACUCGAACGGGUGGUCAACGAGAAGCUAGGACUCGGUAAAGCCACGGUGGGCCCAGUGACUGGGUCGUCGGGGGCGUGCAGUAAAAGCGCUACAAGCGUCAAAGCACCAGUCGAGACCGAGUUGAACAGCUCCAUAUCGGAGUGCGUGGAUCCUGCGGUGGUGUUCCCGUUCCCGGUGCACAAAAGAAACGGUGGCAGCAGCAAGACAAUGGGCGGCCAAACUGGGACGGUCAUUUCACCCGCUGUCAACAGUGUUCAGGACGACACCCUGAGUGACUCUGAUGACGAUGAGGAGGACGAAGAAGAAGAUGAUGAUGAAGAUGAUGAGGAGGACGAGGACGAUGAUGAUGAUGAUGAGGAGGAAGACGAGGAGAUUGACGUGGUGACGGUAGAGAAACGGCGUUCGGGUUGGUCAGGUGCGGGGGGCGUGGGCAGUAAACCCCCGGUCGAGCUCAUCCUGAAGCGUAGUGCGGCUGCCUCCCUUCACCAGGAGCAGCACAACUACGCCGCCCCAUCCCCUUACACCUCCGCCUGCCAUGCCAGCUCCGCAGACUCCCCCCUAGGGGGCGCCGCGUCUGCACCCCCCAGCAAGCGCCACAAGUCCGACCGGCUCAAACCAGCUUCGCCCACUGCUGCAUCGACAGCACUGUUAACACCGUCAUCGUCGUCCUCAGGUAACCGGCAUCGUCGAGUGGAGGCGAGCGGCAACAGCCCUCUCCGCACCAGCGGCGGCAGCUCCGACUCGGACGACUUUGAGCGCCGGCGCAACCACAACAUCCUGGAACGGCAGCGGCGCAACGACUUGCGCUCCAGCUUCCUGACGCUGCGCGACCAGCUGCCCGAGCUAGCCAGCAACAACAAAGCGGCCAAGGUUCUCAUUCUGAAGAAGGCCACCGAGUAUGUGGGCUCCCUUGAGACCCAACAGCGGCGGCUGCUACAGGAGAAGGACAGAUUGCAAGCACGCCGUCAACAACUGCUUCGCCGUCUAGAGCAGGCCCGGACACGCUAACAGCUAACGCUAAUGGCUACUCCACAGCUAUCACUAGCUACUCCACAGCCAAAAGCUAACAGCUAGCUAGUUGGCACUCUACUUUACGGCUAAUAGUUAGUUAGCUAGCAGCUAAUGGGAAGCUAGCUUGCCACUCUGCUAGUUUGCUACCUUGACAGCAAAGACUCUUUUUCAGCAGGGACAUUACCUGAGUUGAGUAAUCAGAUGCCACCCAAUUUGGUGAUGUAUGCAUGAAUGAGUGUGUUGAUGGUGUGUGUGUGUGUGUGUGCGUGUGUGCGUGCAUAUGUUUGUAUGCAUGUGUGAAAACCUGUGCAAAAAACUACAGUAUGUGAACUCUGCAGAGAGGACCGUCUGUCUCUCGGAGCUAAGAAAACAAAAGGAGAAAAGAGAGAAAUCUAGCUGUUGGGACUCAAGAUUCACUGCCGCCACUUUCUUUGCACAUUUAUAGACGUCAAGAAUGUUCAGGGUUUUACUUUUUUUAUAUCCACUCAGAAGAACAAAAACUACACACAGAGAGGAUGACAGAAUGAAAACGAGGUGAUCGAUCAUCUGAUCGAUCAGUAGAGUGAUGUAUCAAUGUAGGCUUUCUCAGAUCGUCUUUUUUAGUACAUAAAAACAGAAACUUCCACGGGCAUGGUUUGACUGAAUGGACUGGAAAUGAAAGUCUGGAAAUGAAAGGAUGAAUGAACUAAUGUCAUUUACCUGCACUCCUUCAGCAAAACACUCCCACUACACACACACACACACACACACAGCUCACAGUUCAUUGAAUUUGACCCUCCCUAUUGGCUUUUAAGUGUAUUCAGCCAAGCCUCACUCACUACUAUGACCUGCUAACACACACACACACACACACACACACACACACACAUAUUCAUACAGACACACAAACACGCACACUGUACACCUUACACAGUUUUUAAAACCUCUAUAGUCAGGGGCAGUAAAUGCAGGGGUUUCCUCUCUCACUGGUGCUUAGUAAAACUGUCAUACCUCUUUAUACCUUCUUACGGGACACUUUUUUUGUAAAUACCAGAUUAAGCAAAACUCUCAGUCUGCCUUGCUUUUUGUACUUAACUGUCUUUUUUUUUUUAAAAUUCACACAAAAUGUAUCGCAAGAAUCUGCCAAUAACUAGACUGGAUGUUGACAAAGUACUGUACGACCUCCAUUUUUGAGGAUCAAGAGACGUUUUUUUGUAUAAUAUUAUGAUGAACUAUUGUUCUUUUUGUUCUUGUUACUUUUUCAUAUUAUUCCUCUUUAUAUUGAUGUACCACGCCCUUACUAAUUCCCAUACACCUCUACAAUUUAGUGUGCUCUUGAUACAUACUAAAAUUUUAUACUUAUAUUUUCGUAUGAAAAUGAGUUCUUAGUAGAUAUCAUGUUAUCUUGUUUGCUUACAUGUUUGUUUGUUUCUCCUCUUUCUUUUAAAAGUCAUUCUUUUUGUACAGAUAAAGUGUUAAAUCUUUAAUAUUCCUUUCCUAUUUUUCCUUUUUCAUGUUUAUAUAUUUGUAUCUUUUGGGUGCAUAGAACUGGUUCAAAGGAAAGGAAAAAAACUAACAUUUUUUAUUGUACUUUAGUGCUGUCACUCAGAGCACUUUGAAAUACCUCAUUCAGAUAAAAUAAAUAGACAUUCAAAUCAAAACAAA